CGACAGCGUCAUUCGCCAAGUUAUCUUGUCCCGUUCCUUCCGUCACCCGGCACGACGCUACAAUCAACAACAUGGAGAGCUCACACAAUGCCAACCUAAUCGAGGAAGCUUUUGAGGCCUUAAAGCAUCAGCAGUUGCGCCUCAAAAUUCAGCGCCGACGCAUGGUACGUUGGCGGAACGAACGAAAGGAAGAGUUGACUACCAUCCGAGACGAGAUACAGCGUCUCGAGGGUGUCUUGGAAAAGCUCCUUCACACAACACAAGCAAGACUCGAUGAACUAUCGCCAGAAUCCACCUCUGCAGCCUUGUACAAAGUCACCAUCGAACGAGCAGCGCUGCAACGAGAAAAUCAGCAAUUGCAUGAAGAAAUCAGGCUCCAACUCGACGUCGAAAACAAACUAAAACGCGAGACAGACAAGUUUCUCAGCGAACGACAAGAAGAAUCCACGGUAGCGAGGACAUCUAUGCAACUUGCUCAAGACAUCGAAGGGUGGUGGGUCGAAUUCCCGAAUGGAGAGCCACCCUUCUUCUUCAGCCCGCUUUCAAAAGAGGAGUACCUGGGCAAGUUGAAACAGCGCGAGAUCGAAUCCGCUGAGCGCCAUCUAUACACUACUUCCAUCGGUAACCUGCUUGGAUGGACGGUCGAUUACGUGCCACCAUUCCAGCUAGCCUCCGGUACAACAAUGGCGCAUGCACGAUUCUCGAAACAACUUCGCUGCUCGCUGACAGAAGCUAUCGACACUCUAAUAAAACUAUACCCAAGCUGGUGGCCAAUGGUUAUUUCUCCUCGUAGUUGGGGGCGUGAACAGCGUGGUGAUUUCUAUUGCCGACCACUUCAGAGCUUUGCCAUCGAUGAUCUCAUCGAUGACCACGUUGUGGUGUGUAACAUUCCAGGCAACGUUCACCUUCGGUACAUUGCUGUCGUACAAAACAGUCUGACGAAAAUGCCGAACGGUAGGCUAGUUGCUAGGCACUGCAUCAUGAUCGUGGACACUGACGCGAACGCUCGCAUUCGAGAAGCGGAAGGCCCACAGGAUGACGUCCAGUGGGUCCUUGAAGGAGGGGAGAGCUGCAUAUUCACAGAAGUGGGUGAGAAUACCAUAAAUGUCGUAUACGACCAGUGGGCGGAAUGCCUGAGUGAGGCACAUGGACGGGAGCUGUAUGUUGAUUGGAUUCGGUUUCCGAUUCGUUUGGAGAGAUUCAUCGAACCUGCUCGUAUGCUCCAGGGAUAGAUAAACAAGUUCAUUAGGCGUCAGUGUCGAUGUAGCCCGACUGUAGCAUCGGUAAAAUGCGCGUCCUUGUGUAAAAAUGCAUUUAGUAACCCCGCGCUGC